AUGCAUGAAUUAUUUGAAAAAGAUAAUUAUUCUUGUUAUCAUUUACCAACUGAUCAUUCUAAUGUUGUAGAAAGUAAUGUUUGUAAAGACACUAGAUAUAAAAUGAAAAACUUUGAAUAUAAACCAACAAAACCAAAGACUUAUAAAAUAUGUGAUAUGACUAAACCAUUUAAAUUUUAUGUUAAACAAUAUCUACAAGAUAAAAUCGAUAAGAUAACUAAUAAUCAUGAACAUACAAAAACAUGA